UUGAGAGACAUACGCAUCGUGAAGAGUGCUAAAAUCCAAACGGAUUUUCAUUCAAGCAAACAACUAAAGUCGUAAAAUCCAGACAUAAAGUUCGAACCCAAAUCAGUUAUCAAUCAGUAUAAAACAUCAUAGAGAUGGCUCUUGUUCCUAUUUUGCUCCGUGACUUAUUCGAUGACUAUUUGGAAGACAACCACCGACCAGCUCGUUUCCUGAGCAAACGAUCGGCCAGAUCCGAUCUCUUUCCGGAGGAUAUCCUGCUCGCAUUGGAAGAUGCGUUACCAAGACGGUGCAGACGGAAACGCUGUUGGCGUCAAUCGAGCUCCAGCGAAGACAACCGGGAUGAAAUCGUUGCUAAGAAAGUGGCUGACGAGUUUAAAGUCAACAUCAACGUCGAUGAAUACAAACCGGAUGAAAUCUCAGUGAAAGCCACGGGUGAAUUCGUCACUGUAGAAGGCAAACACGAAGACAAGAAUGACGAAAAUGGAUAUGUGUUGAGGCAUUUCAUUCGCCGAUAUCAACUGCCAGAAGGAUACGACAGUGAAAAAAUUGCAUCGACGUUGUCCUCGGAUGGGGUUCUUACAAUUACAGCACCAAAAUUAGCGCUCCCUGAACCACAAAAGGAGCGAGCUAUUCCAGUGGAAAAGGUAUCAAAAUCGAAGGAACUAUCAGACAAACCACAUUCUAACAUUGAGCAAGCAGCUACAUUAGAAGAUUUAGAAGAAUAAUGUACUUGUUUACUGUAUGCAAAAGACUUGGAUAAGUUUCCUCUAUUUAUUUAAUUUUCAUAGUUAAGCUAAGUUUCCAGUUCCCAAGUAGAGCGCUCAAGUAAAAUUCCUCCUUUUUCCGUAAGUAAUUUUGACAUUUGUUUAACCGACAGCAUUUUUACGAAACGAUGCUGUAAGAAGGAUGUGAAGAAAAGGGCACUGCAUACGGCGGUUGCUAGAUAAAUUGUUCGUUGUUCGUGUGGCGUUUCGUGACCUUGUUGUUUACGAUUUGGACUUAGAGAAAUUUUGUUCGUUUCCUCAGGAAGUGUGAUUGAAAUUUAAAUUUAAUUUUUGCGCGCGUAUGGGGAAAAUCCGAGUGAGAUUUCAACGCCACGGUGUCAAAAUCUCGAUUUAUAUCGAACUUUCAUGUACCUCGGAUUUUUCUUCGGAAAUUGUUAGUAUUUGGGCUAUAUACCUAUUCAUAAUCGGAAGACGAGAAAAUAUU